UAAUUUUAUUAUUUUUUUCAGAAUGAGAUGACACAAGUGAACUUUAAUUUAUAUUUGUUCUAAAUUGUGUUGUAAUGUGAUUUUCAGAGUUGAUGCGUUUUCUUGCUUAGAGAAUUAUUUGAGAAUGGUGUUACAAAUUUCAUUAUGCGUGGUAGAAAAAUAAGAAGUCUUGGAAUGCACACUCCAUGUUUGGAGUAUUUGUUAUUUUAUAAGAGUUAAUCACGUUGAAAAAUUCAUGACGACUCCGGCCAAUUACUCUUUUAAUAAGUCAAAAUUAUAUUAUGCUGACACUUUGGGAUCAAAUUUAGUGGGAUGCUAUAAGCAUAAAUCAGACGAAAAGGCAGACAUAAUAUACUCAAAAACACAAAAUGUUGGUAAAAGUAAAAAUCGACCUAUAAGAUCUCAUGUUAAUACAAGAAUGGGAGUUAACAAUAACGUGGACCGAUAUAGAAAACCUGAGUUAGACAAUCAAACAUUUUUGUCAAAAUGUUUUCGGUCACUGUUUAAGAAAAAUAGACACAAUAACGUAAACCAAUCGUUCAUGACAAAAAAUCAUUCUGAUCCUUCACGAAAAGUUCCUCACUUCGGAUCUGAUUUACUUAAUAACGCAAAAUUUUUAAAACAAGCAAAGCCUGAUCAAAAUUUUGCUAGUAACGACAAAACACAGACAUUGAUCAACAACCAUCAUAUGCGGAACAUAAGCUCACAAGUGCAUUAUAAAACUCAUAGUAGAGCUACGGGUAUAACAAAAUUAUUAAGGCGGUGUUUUUGUACGGCAAACAUGCAAUACGAAGUUCAAAAACAAGCUAAAUCUCGAAAAGUGUUAAAUAAUUUGAAUCUAAAUAGCCCAAUAAUUAAAUAUUCUAAAACUACAAGGAAACUGAAACAUUUUGAAGAACCCAUAAAACUUGAGAGAGCUACGAGAACAAAAAUAUAUAAUGUAACCAAGGACGAAUACAGCAAAGACAAUUUCAAAGAAAGAAUGAGUCAUAGUACAAGAACUUACAAACGAAUACAUCAAAACAGUCAGAUUAUUAGAACAAAUUAUCCAACAUAUAAUACCACAUCAUAUCUCUCGGAAAGAAGUCGUACUUACCAACCAAAAGUACAAUAUAAAUCAAGAGAAUGGUUGCCCUAUCCCAACUACUGCGUUUUACGAUGUGAAAAUUCAGAGAACUCUAAAUUUGUUCAAUUUAAUUCUAACUUCGGGAUGUGCAUAGAUUAUCCCAAAAAUAAACAUGGAAAACCUUGUCCUGGUACCGCAAUGGACAAAUGUAAUCAAUUACAAGGAACAGGCGAUGGACAUGGUCCAACGGCAAGAGAAGGAAAAGCUUCCAAAAAAAGUCAAAUAGAAGUUGAUUAUACAGAUAAGAGUAUUGGUGAACAACAAUUGAAUUCUAAAAAUACACAAUUUAAAAGAAAGACGAAAUCUAAAUCAAAAUCAGUUACUACAAGCCCCGAUACUCGUACUCAACAAGAAAAUAUAAAUGGAAAUAACCCAACCAUAAUUAUACUGGAAGAGAAGGAGGGUGGUAUUAUACAAGCCACUCAAACAGAUAGAGAACUGAAGACUAUAAUGCCAUACUCAAAGAAGAAAUUUGAUAAACUAGACAGUACAACUAAAUUAUCACAUCACUCAACUAAUACGCCAGCUAUCAAGAAAACAAGAACAAAAGGGCAAAAAAGAAACGAAAAUCUCGUGAGCAAUAAAUAUGGUGAUUAUCUCGUAUAUCAUCAACAAAGUCUUAAAUGUAACACAACUUGCCAAUACGGUCAAAAAACAAAAGGUUCUGACAACAAGUCACCUGGAGAUAAUAUUGUUGCAGAUCGCAACGCAAAGCAAGAUAAUAUUAUCACAAAUCGCAACGCGACGCAAGAUAAUAUUAUUGCAAAGCGCGAGGCAUCGCAAGACGAUAGUGAUGAAACCCGUCUUGACCGAAUCAGGAAAAACUUUCGACGAAGACCGAGAGAAAAAAGUGACAUCCAGAGACCGCUUUCUGAAAAUAUGGCCCCAAAAGGUAAUAUUAUUGUAUUGGACAAAGAUGAAGAGCUUCCACGUUCUGAUCACCAAAGACCAUUGGGAAGAUGGAGACAUCAAAACGGUCGCAACGCUAAGCAAGAUAACAUUAUUGCAAAUCGCAAGGCAACGCAAGAUGAUAUUAUUGCAAAAGGCGACGCAACGCAAGAUGAUAGUGAUGAUACUCGUUUUGAACGAAUCAAGAGAGCCUUUAGACGAAGACCGAGAGAAGAAAUUCAUGUGCAUGGAGAUCCCGACGCAAAGCGAGAUAUUAUUAUUUUACGCCCCAGAGCUACGCCAGAUAAUGUUGUUGUAGAAAAAGAAAAGGAAGACAAAAUUGAUGAAACUCGUCUCGAAUUGAUCAGAAGAGCCUUUAGACGUAGGCCAACUGAACAACCUGCAGCCCAGCCUGAGCCAGCGCCCCAGGAACCGCUUUUUGAAAUGGUGGUACAUAAAAAUGAUAUGAGCAUAGCGAACCCACAAGAAGUGCUGCCCAUGUUGAGUGCCGGUCGCGUUUACCGCGGCACUGCACCACCAGCACAGCAGAGUCGUCCAAGAGAACGCGCAGCACCAGAUAGUUUAGAUGAUCGCCUUGAACUGCUUAGGAGAGCCUUUAGACGAAAACCGAAGCAACCUGAGAGCGAAAAGCCGAUGUUCGAAAUGGUGGUCCAUAAAAAUAAAAUGCUCGUAAUGAACAAAGAUGAAGUGUUUCCCAUUUUGGACUCACCAGAAAAACGUUACAGAAGUCGCAAAGAUGAAUCGUGUGCGCCACCGGUUAUGGAAAUGCACGUAGACAGAACUACCGCAAGCAUAAUCAAUGCCGAUGAAAUUGUCACAAAGUUGAAGGCGGAAAGACAACGACAAAUGGUUAAAAAACACAGAGGAGGUUUAAUUUCUCAAAGUGAAGGCGAAGCUUUAGUAAAACUGCAUGGUAAGACAUGCAAUUGUUGCUUUUGUCGCAGAUAUAAGCAACAAGCACAAAAAGGCAAAAAGAAAAAAGCUGCUGUAAAGACUCGGCACCUAAAACCUUGCACAUGUGGUAGCGACGUAUGUUUGAAAGACUGGACUAAAUUAAGAGACGAACAAGCGGAUAUGGCUAGAGUGAAAGAUAUCCCUCCCUGUGUAUGUGGGAGCGACGUUUGUAAAAACGAAUUUGAAAAAAUGCCUAAAAAACGAUUGGAAGCUGCGCGAUUGCAGCGACAAAAAGAAAUUAAUGAAAUAAAUCGUAAAAAAUACCAGCAAGCUAGAAAACGGCGUUUAAAACAAUAUAGAUCGCAAGAUUUAAAACGAAUACGAAGAAGAGAGGCAGCAGACAGACGUCAAAUGAACAAAAUUAAAAAAAUUAAAGGUGCUUCACCUGUGGUGAUGGCUGUGGAAUCCAUAAGAGAUUUAGGAGCUUAUGGCUUUCGUUGUUUAGGGGGGUCAAUAAGAAGCUUUUCUAGGGUUGUCAGACGUCCAAAAGAUGCUGUUUAUAAUUUACAAGAUACCGUACGUACUAUCAAGCGCAGACCAGAUACAGUGGUAAAAAAAAUUAAGCAGAAUUACAAGGAUUCAGGCCUUAAAUCAACCUUGGCAAGAAUUAAGGAAAGAGCUGUACGGACGACAAUAGGAAACCGUAUAAAGACUAGAAUGGAAUCGAAUGCUAUAACGAACUAUUUGGUUCACAUUACUGAUCCAGACCCUAAGGCACGUAUGCAAAUGCUUAAACGGAAAAAACGUCGCCGUCGUCGUCGUCAUACAGAACCUGUUGACUUUGAAUGUAGUCUUUAUAUGAACACGUUGAGGAAGAGGCCCUUCUUGCGGGUUUAUUACAUGUGUCCAUGGUUUUAUCCUCACUGCGUGAAUUUGUUUGGACUAUGGAAACAAUUGGCUAAUGUCCUAAUGUUCCUUAUGGCUGUAUGUGUAUGGAGCCCGUGUAUACUUUGUUUUGAACUUUGUAGAGCUAUGGCGUGUUGCUGCAUGUGUACUGGAUACGAUAUGUAAAGAACA